UUUUGCACACAUCGCCGUCACAGACUUGUGGUGUGGGCGCGGGAACGAUUAGACGUCGGGUGUCUCACGGACGCUCGCCCCGAUGUCUAUGCCCUCUGGAGGCAUGGCUUCCGUGCCUCCCACCGUUUCGGCGACUCCGGGUGAUCUAGUCAACCUCGUCGGAGCUCAGGGACCUUCGGGACAGCCUCAAGCCCNUCAUUUUCGUGGCACGACAGCGAUGACCUUUUGCACACAUCGCCGUCACAGGGACCUUCGGGACAGCCUCAAGCCCGCCGCAGUGGCACGAGUAUGCUUGUACCCACCGCGUCCCCUCCAGACCCUUCGCGACGUUCCUCUACGGAGCAUCAACGUCGCACGGUGCUGACUGCACCGCCGUUGGCGAGCGCAGGUAACGAUUUUCCCAAAUCGGAAGGUUCAUGUUCUCCGUCAUGAAAUAGCGGUCCCGAGUCUCCCGCGGCCGCUGGCCAUGUUGGUGGAGCGCCCGCGAAGAAGGCCGCUUUUAAUGAACAGGCCUACGCCGACGUUUUGCGCGAAAGCGCCCGCGUAGACCGCUUGGUUUCGCACGCUUCUGUGGCUGGUUCACCGCUUUUGCCUGCCUCUCUUUGUAACUCACAAUCCGGCCCGCCUUCGGGUGGCACCCAGAUUGUCCUGCCGGUUGCCGGUGCCAUUUCCCUUGAUGAUAUUUCUUCGGAGUAAGCGCGCCCGCGCGGCAGGCCCCUGUUUUUGAUGGUAGCCAGGAAUGU